UGUAUUAAUUUCUUGCAAUAUAGUCACACUGAUUAGAAGGAAAUCUCGAACUUAAUGUAAUCGUAAUAAGUUCUUUAAUUGAGUGCAGUGUUUCAAUUGUGCAUCGAAAAAUUCCAUUAGAAAAACAUUUAUCUCUACUGCCAUCCUUUUCUGGCAUCGCAUGUGCCGGUCGUAACUGAAGGACGCCCUCACUUCACCCCCGCUGAAUUCUACGACAACGAAUACCUAUCAUCUGAUAUGGAUUUGCAACGCACACCGCCUACAUGUAUACCAAAGUGUACAUCUUCGCCGGACUUGUCUUCGAUAGAUGAUAGCUGUUUCGUGGGUAUGCGUAACAAAGAGCUGAUGCGCAAACGCAAACGAGACUGUGACGAAGGGUAUCACUUCACGACGAUGGAAGAAAAGUUCAAUGAACACGUUGCAGCAUGGUGCUGCAAAGCUGACGAAUCUAUCAGUAAUACGGUUUCAACCGCAAUCAAAACGGCGCUGUCAAAUGAAUUAUUAAAAGUUACUGCAAGCCUUGCUGAUAUUAACUCAACAGUCCUCGGCCUACGCUCGGAUAACUCGUCUAUCAAAGACUCCUUAAAUGACGUGAAAGAGCGGCUACAUGAAAUGGAUAAAUCUAUGUGUGCUGCAAAUGAUCGCCAGGACUUAUUCGAUACCCGGCUAUGUUCGCUAGAAAAACGCAAUGCGCUUACAGAAACCCUACCGGAACAGCUGCUUAAACUAGAGAACAAGAUGGCGGCCAUGGAGCAGCAAUCCAGGGAAUGUAAUAUUGAAGUUGCUAAUCUACCUGAGCGGCGCAAUGAAAACCUAGUCGGUAUGAUAAUAAAUUUGGGAGCAGCAGUAAACUGCCCGAUUACACCCGCCAACAUUAUUGCAGUCCACAGAGUACCACAUGCAACCACCCAGUCCCGACCCAAGAACGUGAUUGUCAAGCUUUCCAGCAGAAUUUUACGUGAUAAUAUCAUAGCAGCCUGCCGUGCUAAAAGAUACCUGAACACUGAGCAUCUCCUGAUUACCGGUACCAGACAAGCUAUAUAUGUCAAUGAGCACCUUACCUUGAUGAACAAAUUACUUUUUCGUGAGUGCCGGGAACACGCAAAGAAGCAUGAUUACGCAUAUACUUGGGUUAAGCACGGCACUAUACUGGCUCGCAAGACUGACACGUCACCCGUCUUGGCUAUACGGACAAAAGAAGACAUCGUCUCGAAGCUUAAAUAAUUGCGUUACAAAAACUGUGGUGUUAUUAAAUUGCUUGUCACUCAUUUAUAAUAUGGUAUUAGUAUUAAGCAGUGAACAAAAACAUUUUUUUUUUUUAUUGCUAGUUUUAGGUAACGAAAAUUCUCAUGCAGUUUGUGUCGGAUACAGUGGCUCACAUGUAAGUAAACAUUAUACACACUUAGAAUAUAUCUUUAGUGAACUAAAUAAUUCCAUUAUAAAUAAUAUUUUCAUUUUUACUAUUAAACUUUAUUACAUGUUUCUAAUAACAAUAAUACUGUCGAUCCUGUCCUAUGGAAAGUUAAUAAUAGCGGUAAUACUUAUUACACUUAUUUUCUUUUCUAAUGGAUAAAGUCCUUUCAAUAUAUUACCAGAAUUGUCGUGGAAUACGGACUAAACUCCACACGCUAUAUAUGAGCAUUCUUAUGUACGAUUAUGACAUAAUACUAUUGACAGAAACUUGGUUGACUAGUGAUAUCUUUGACAAUGAAUUUGUUGAUUCGCGAUACCACGUAUACCGUUGUGAUAGGAACCGAGCUGCAACUGAACGGAGAGACGGCGGGGGUGUUCUGAUUGCCGUGCAUCGCUCGCUGGCUGCUACGCCACUCAUGCUAUCGAUAACACAAACCAACUUAGCGCCUCCCCACCCUAUCGUUGACUAUGUACUUC